AUGCGUAUGAGUGCUAUCCAAACUGAUGAACAACUUGUAUAUGUGGUACGAUGUUUGAUUGCAUAUGCGGAUGCUUGUGGAUUGUUUAAUUCAAAACCUGAAUUACAACAGAAAGCUGAAAAAUUCUGCGAUGAAUAUACUGCUAUGUUAGCAGCAAAAAAAGCUGCAAGAGAACAGAAAGCUACAGCAUUAGUGGAAACAGAACGAAGUGAAGAUCAAGCAGCAAUAAUAAAGGUAGAAGAGAAAAAAGAAGAACCAUCACAAAGAUCACAGGAGAAUAUAGAACGUGAUGCGACAGUGUUAAGAUUGGAACCAUUAAAAAAGCAACCACAGAAACAAGUUCAAUCGAUACCAAUGGAAUCUGUUGUUCCAAUUCAACAGCCGCAAAAACAACUAGAACCGAUACCAACAAUUUCUGCUACUUCGAUUCAACAACCGAAGAAACAAAUCGAACCGGUACUAGCGGUUUCUGCUGGAACCACAAAAACUUCCACUCAGGAACCACAAAAACAAAUCCAAUCGGUACCAACAUCUUCUGCUGCUUCCACUCAGCAACCACAAAAACAAAUCCAAUCGGUACCAACAUCUUCUGCCACUCCGAUUCAACAAUCGAAGAAACAAAUCCAACUGACACCAACGGUUUCUGUUAUUCCGGCUCAGCAGCAACAACAGAAACAAACAGCGGUAAUUGCGAAGUUGAAACCAGCACAAAAUCUAGGAUUGAAAGCAACCCAAAUGCCAUCCUCGUCAACAUCACCAAGCAAAACACCAAAUUAUGAGCCAAGCUGUCCAAAGAUGUAA